AUGACUGAUGACGUAAAAUCAAAGUGGAUGGAGAUCGCGCUAGAGGAAGCUAACAAUUCUCUGCGUGCUGGAGAAGUCCCAGUUGGUUGUAUUUUUAUUUAUGACAACGAAAUUAUUGCCACGGGCAGUAAUACCGUAAAUGAAACUCACAACGCUACACGUCAUGCUGAGAUGAAUUGUAUUGACCAGGUUAUUAAAUUUAGUAGAGAUAAAAAUCUUAAUUAUCAAGACGUUUUUAAAAAAGUGGAGGUCGUGGUUACUGUCGAGCCUUGUAUUAUGUGCGCGGCGGCUCUUCAUCAGUUACAGAUAGCAAGUAUCACUUAUGGUUGUGCUAAUGACAGAUUCGGCGGGUGUAAAAGCGUAAUGGAAGUGGCUCCGAUUUAUGAAUCAAAAGUCGAUGUUAUUGGAGGCAUUAGAGCUGAGGAAGCGAUGAAUUUACUUAAGCAAUUUUAUAAAGGCACUAAUCCGAAUGCUCCGGAGAGUAAACAGAAACAUAAUAAGAGAAAAAAUAAAGAGGGUAAUGAUUAAGACAGUAAUUGAAUUUUUCUUGUCAAUUAUAUAUAUAUAAUAUAUAUGUAUACAAUGUUAUGAUAAAUUUAUAUAUAAGUGUCAAUUAUAACGA